CGCGGCGGCCAUUUUGUCUUAUCGGCUCCUCUUUAGAGAGGGUUCUCGGCCUGCGAGCAGGCCGAUUAGGUUGGCGACAGUGUCGCUGGCGUUUUCUUUGGUGGGUGCCAGGGCUGGUGGGAGCAGCCGCCCGAAGAAAGCACCAUGAUUUCGGCCGCGCAAUUACUGGAUGAAUUAAUGGGCCGGGACCGUAACCUCGCCCCGGACGAGAAGCGCAGCAACGUGCGGUGGGACCACGAGAGCGUCUGUAAAUAUUAUCUUUGUGGUUUUUGUCCUGCGGAAUUGUUCACAAAUACCCGGUCUGAUCUUGGUCCAUGUGAAAAAAUUCAUGAUGAAAAUCUACGAAAACAGUAUGAGAAGAGUUCCCGUUUCAUGAAAGUUGGCUAUGAGAGAGAUUUCUUGAGAUACUUACAGAGUUUACUGGCAGAAGUAGAACGUAGAAUUAGACGAGGCCAUGCUCGAUUGGCAUUAUCGCAAAACCAGCAGUCUUCUGGGGCAGCUGGUCCAACAGGCAAAAAUGAAGAAAAAAUUCAGGUUCUAACAGACAAAAUUGAUGUACUCCUACAGCAGAUUGAAGAAUUAGGAUCUGAAGGAAAGGUAGAGGAAGCCCAAGGAAUGAUGAAAUUAGUUGAACAGUUAAAAGAAGAGAGAGAAUUGCUUAGAUCUACAACCUCGACAAUUGAAAGUUUUGCUGCCCAAGAAAAACAAAUGGAAGUUUGUGAAGUGUGUGGAGCGUUUUUGAUAGUAGGAGAUGCCCAGUCCCGGGUAGAUGACCAUUUGAUGGGAAAACAGCACAUGGGCUAUGCCAAAAUUAAAGCUACUGUAGAAGAAUUAAAAGAAAAGUUAAGAAAAAGAACCGAGGAACCUGAUCGUGAUGAGCGUUUAAAAAAAGAGAAGCAAGAACGAGAAGAAAGAGAAAAAGAGCGGGAGAGAGAAAGAGAAGAAAGAGAAAGGAAAAGACGAAGAGAAGAGGAAGAAAGAGAAAAAGAAAGGGCUCGAGAUAGAGAAAGAAGAAAGAGAAGUCGUUCAAGAAGUCGACAUUCAAGCCGAACCUCUGACCGAAGAUGCAGCAGGUCUCGGGACCACAAAAGAUCACGAAGCAGAGAAAGGCGGCGAAGCAGAAGUAGAGAUCGACGAAGAAGCAGAAGCCAUGAUAGAUCUGAAAGAAAGCAUAGAUCUCGUAGUCGGGAUCGAAGAAGAUCAAAAAGUCGGGAUCGAAAAUCAUAUAAGCACAGGAGCAAAAGUCGGGAGAGAGAACAAGAUAGAAAAUCUAAGGAGAAAGAAAAGAGGGGAUCUGAUGAUAAAAAAAGUAGUGUGAAGUCCAGUAGUCGAGAAAAACAGAGUGAAGACACAAACACUGAAUCAAAGGAAAGUGAUACUAAGAAUGAGGUCAAUGGGACCAGUGAAGACAUUAAAUCUGAAGGUGACACUCAGUCCAAUUAAAACUGAUCUGAUAAGACCUCAGAUCAGACAGAGGUAAGUGUAUUGUUUCUCACUUUGAUUAGGGCUUUUUGUUACUGUUUGACAGUGCAGCGUAAGUAUGCACAGAUGAAGAUGGAACUAAGCCGUGUAAGAAGACAUACAAAAGCAUCUUCUGAAGGAAAAGACAGUGUAGUCCUGCAAAACAUUUUGAGGUACAUUGUUUUGUCUCAGCUAUUUUGUAGCAGACUCGUGCCCCCAUUAGUGUGCCUCUUUGGAAAUUAUUGCCCACGUUUGUAAUGUAGUCACCAUUGAAAAGUUAAUUAUCCUUUUUUUAGGGAUUUUGCUGUCAUUUCUUUUUUUUUUUUUUUUUUAAAUAAAAAAGGUUGAACUGUUUUUUUUUUUCUUUUUUUUUUUUUUCUUUUUGGUAUUAAGUCCAUCUUGUGUUGGUACAUUGGCAGAGACAUAUGCUUUAAAAACUUAAUAUUUCUGAGGCACAUGUUGGACUACUUUGUUUUAAUUAAACUGCUAGUAUUUCUUUGUCAAGGAUGUUUCUAGUUUUUUGCUUUAUUGCCUUGCAUUCUAAUGCAGUUUGUUCUGUAACUCGAGAGCCAGUAGCAUUGGAUUGAUGGAAGUGUAGGGUUUAUGAAUUAUUGCAGCUGACUACCAUACCUCACACAGCGUUGGUGUUGUGAGCGGCCCAUGAAAAGCCAAAUUAAAAAUCAAGGAUUCAGUCAAACUAAGCAGGUACUCAUGCCAGGUACUCCUUUCUCUACCCACAUCCAUGUUUGAAUGCUAUUGCCUGUGAUCUUUACGCUUAACUGUUGUGUAUCUUUUUUGUUCUUUACAAGAAGCACAGAGGGGUUUUUUGUGUAUUGCGUGAAUACUUAUAAAUCAAAUGUUAACAGAAUGGAAUUUUUUUUCGACUGUAUGUAGGGAUGCAGUGGUGCCCAGAAUUAGAUAUCUUUAAAGAAUUUUAAAUACAAUAAACACUUCAUAUUAUUCGCCUUGUUACAUUCAAUGCAAUUCUCAAGUCUUUAAGAGGUAUGUGUUUAAUAUUUCCUACUACGUAGGAGAAUUUGCAGUCAACUAUAGUAUAUAGGAAUAGUCACUGGCUGAUACAGCAGCAGUGAAUAGCAGGGACAGACACCUUCAGUCUGUGAAGUACAAAGAACUAAAUGGACAAUAUAGAAUGAAUUUGGGUUUUUAAAGAACUAUUUAAGGUCAGAUUUUAUGAGUUCUUAAAACCUGUAAACUGUUCAUUCUUUGGGCUAGUGGCGUGGGAUGAAAUAUUCCUAAUGAAAGGAAGUACCAAUUAGAUGAUUUGUCGGUAGCAUUCCUUUUCUAGGACAGCAAUCUAGUGUUAUGUCUGUGUGAACCAUUUGCACAUAGGCAAGCAUACACAGGCACAUGGCUUUAAGACCACACUGAUGCCUUGAUAAUUAAAAGGAAAACAGACAUUCAUAUACAUAUGUUAAUUAGAAGUUAGUGACUGGGCCAACACUUUAGUCAUAAAUAUUUGCCUUUUACAUGUUUUCUAAUUAUCAUUUUUCCCCAAAUUUUGCAUUGUAGGACACUGUUCGAAGAUUCUUGGAUGAAUAUGGAAAACGACUGUAAAGUGAAGAUCGACAUUAAAAUGAGGUGAAAGAAAGAUAAUAGUGGCAUAGAAACAGUAUAAAAGCUCAGUUAGUUUUUGUUUUUGUUUGUUUGUUUGUUUGUUUUUUUAAUUAAAAAUUAAUUCAGGACUGAUGUGACCUACCAGAUUUCAGAACAUGUGUUAAUAGCAUAUAUGCCACUGAAAAUUUAGGUCCUGUAUCAUAUUUUUUUUCUUUGAGACUUUUUAAGAAAUAUUACCUAAACAUGUGACUUGCCCAGUGUUGAAAUGCAAGUUUUCAUUCUUGGACUUUGAAAACAGGAUUAAAAGUUAGUAUUUGUGUGAAUCAGAACAAGUGGGAUUCCAUUUUUACACCUCUGCUAUACCUAGACUUUGGAUUUAGUGAAAAUAAAGUAUCUCUGACUUUCUGUUA